AUGCAUAACUCGAUCAUCUUUAUUCUGCUUCUCUUUUCGUUUGAUCUAUUGAUUCAAUCUUCAGCCAAAGACAAAAGUAACCGUUUCAGUUUCGAUCUUUUUCAUCGUGAUUCAAAAAUAUCUCCGCUUUAUAACCGUUCUAUAACUCCAUCAAAACUCUUAGAAAAGGCUGUUCUUGAUUCUCGUACUCGAGUCAAUCUCUUCAAAGAUUUCACGCAUAACAAUAGAAAAGACUUUAUUUCAGAAGUAACUCCAAAUGAAGCUGGUUCCUAUCUCAUGAAACUUUCUCUUGGUUCCCCAAAAGUUGAAGUCUUGGCUUCAAUAAGCACAGGAAGUGACCUUGUAUGGGUACAAUGUGAAACUUGUGAGAAAUGUUUUGGAAAAGAAGAACCAAGAUAUAAACCUACGAGCUCUUCUACAUACAACAAAAUUUCUUUUUAUGCAGCUUAUUGUGGUGCUCUAGAACACCGUCAUAUUGGGGAAGGAGGAGUGUGUGACUAUUCUUAUCUUUAUCAGGACGGGACACAUACAUCUGGGGUUCUUAGCACAGACAAUUUCCACAUGAAAUCUACUGUUGAUGAAGAAGAGCUUACCAUCCCUGUGGUGUUUGGUUGUAGUAACUUAAUCAACGGUCAGUAUGCAAGAGGCGUACAAGGUAUGAUUGGCCUUGGAAGUGGAGAACUCUCUCUUAUUUUCCAACUGAAAAGUCACAUUCAAAAUAGGUUUUCCUACUGUUUGCUUCCAAGUACAGCUGAAACAAGCAGUAAACUUGUACUCGGACAUGAAGCAAUGAUCUCUGGAGACGAAGUAGUUUCAACUUCACUAAGAUUGGACAAACUUUCUACCUUAUACUUUGUUAGUCUUGAUGGUGUUACGGUUGAAAAUAAGGAAAGAAAGUCGCCACCAAGUCCAGUUGAUAUUGUUAUAGAUUCUGGAACAACGAUGACAUUUUUGCAUUCAAGCAUAUACGAUGAUCUUGUAGAACAUGUCAAAGACGUGAUUGAUAUUAAUCCAGUUGACAGUCCCCCUGGAAGAAUUUUCAACCUGUGCUACAAACAACAAUCCACUGAAAUUAACUUUCCUGAUAUUACAUUUCAUUUCGGAGGUGGUGCAGACGUCCGUUUAAAACCCGAAAACAUAUUUGAAGAGUAUAGAGAUAUGCAUUGUCUGAUGAUUGAUCGGAAUGAUCAGUUGUCGAUUUUUGGAAACGUGGCACAAGUGAACUUUCAAGUUGAGUUUGAUUAUGAAGAAAUGAAAGUCUCUUUUGCUCGAGCCGACUGUGCUAAUCAGUCUUGA